GAAGCGAAGUGCGGCUGUGCUUCGCUGACUGUAAAAGGUACGUGACCGUAGUUUAACUUGACUCGGAUGAUGUGGUUUUCGAUGGUCUCUCAACUUCGACUCAUGUCUGUAAAAGUUUAACAAAGCAGGAUUUUUCUUCUUCAAAUCUUAGGUACAAACUUUUGUGAGAGAUUUGUAUGGUUUGGAGUAAUGUGAGGGAGACACAAUGACAGAAGACAAAGUAGUCCAUGCAGGCUACUUGCUCCAUCGACCGGGAGGAGCUCUUGGUCGAUGGAAAAAGAAGCGAUACUGGUUCCAGUUGGAUGAAGUAACAUGUCAGCUACGAUUAUAUAAAUCUCAGGCUGAGCUAUGUCACACGCUGGGAGUCGUCGAUAUCCGAGAUGCGUGCAUAUCCAUUCUACCAGACCACACCAACCACAUUCUCGUUGCGUGCGGUGGAAAGGAGCACAUCUUAAUAGCGGAGACCCAUCGGGCCAUGAUGCAGUGGCUCCAGAAUCUACAGGAAGUACGCGACUUCUUUUCCUGUGUGAAAAGUCACCGAAGCCAAGUAAAAUUUUCAAAGACGUCCACCUACAAACCAACAACACAGUCGUCACCGACCAAAGGCCUCGCCAGCAGUCCUCUACCGUCCCUGAGGCGCCAUCAUUCAGAGAAGUUUCGCGCUCGGAGUAAAAACGUCUCCGAGCUCCCAGCCUCAUUCUCAGCGUCAUUAGACAACACUGACGGCUAUGCAAGCAUCCGGAAGAGUCUCUCUGAGACACUCUCGCUGCCUAAUUCCAAGACAAACUUUGUCGCUGAUUCAACUGAGACAUCACCAACGUCGUUGCGUAGUUGUAACAGCAUCGCGUCUCAAAGUUCAACAGAGGAAAUUGCUCCCUCUGCCAGGUGGAGUAACGGUGCAACGGGUGGCAUUACAGAUGCAAGCGACCAGUCGGAGGUCGGUGUUGAGCAUGGGAACGGACUUGACGCCAAGGGUGAAGUCUUCACAGCUGAUGAAGACGAUGAGGUCGAACAAUGGAAACUACUCAGCAAAGAGGAGCUCAUACAGGAACUUCAGAAGAGGAGACUACACAUAAAAGAAAAAGAGAAGAAUUACAAGAGUCUUGAGAAUCGAGAGCAGACGUACAAGCAGAUGUUGAAGAAGCGAGAUCAGGUCAUCAUGCAUCUUGAUGACAAACUCGGCAUCAUGGAACAGGCUAAUCACAUGAGACGAGAUUUAUUGUCGCCAGAAGACAUGGACGCCGCCCAGCAGAAGAUUAAUGAUCUUCAAGGAACAUGUAAGAUCUACCAGGAGCAGAAUGGGUUUUUGAAUACGGAGGUACGACGGCAAGCCAGCCUGAGACGGAGAGAGAAAAGCAGGAUUGGAAUUCAGCACAAAUUGAUGGAGGACUUGGAGAACAAUCUACUUCAGAGUCGUCAGGAUUACUUCCAGUUACUGACUCAGCUAGUCGAGGUGACAUCUCUGGAUCUCAAGGAUAACAUCUCACUUGAAAUAAGCUGGGAAGAUGCGCAAUACAAGCGAUUUCUAGUUUUAUAUAACAGUGCAAAGAAACAGGACCCAUUACUUCCUGAUCCAAGGGUUAUCAUGACAGAGGGACACACUGAUAUCUAUGGGUUCCAGCAUCCAAUCAACAAUCAGCCGUUACUAUUCCAUCAUCUGUGCCAGAUACUGCUGGAUCACCUCAUGGCAGCAUCAAGGAAAUCAACUGAGCAUAGGAAACAAUGGGAUGACCACGUGAACUCCAAUGAAGACGUCUUCUUGUGUAAACAGGAUGAGCUAAGAGAUCUAGUGUACAACGGGAUACCAACAGACAAGAGAAGUGACGUUUGGAAGACACUUGUAAUGCAACGGGUCAAAUCAAUCAAGGAAGAAAAGAGUGAGGACUACUUCCAAUGGUUAUGCAAUCGCACUGGUACCUCGGCGUCGGUGGACAAAUACAGACGACAAAUUGAGUUGGAUCUCCUGCGGACUAUGCCUCAUAAUAUCCACUUCAACAGCAAGGACACGGAAGGAGUUAAGCAGUUAAGGCAGAUUCUGGAAGCCUUCUGCGUUCAUAACCCAACGGUCGGCUAUUGCCAAGGAAUGAACUUCAUUGCAGGAACCUGUCUACUCUUCAUGGAUGUUGAAACUGCUUUCUGGUGUAUGGUUGCAGUCGUAGAAUCCUACUUCCCAGCCAACUACUUUGACAGUAGUCUCAUUGGCGCUCAAGCAGAUCAGAAUAUCCUGAAGGACAUCUUGGAGUUACGACUGCCCGACUUACAUAGUCACCUGAACGAUGUAGGAAUUGAGAUGUGCUCCUUCACUCUCAACUGGUUCCUUGCUAUCUACUUUGAAGUAGUUCCUUUUACCAUGCUUUUACGUAUCUGGGACUGUUUCCUGUUUGACGGGCUGCGAGUUCUCUUCCAGUUUGCGAUAGCGUUGCUGGAGUAUCACGAGGCGUCCUUACUCAAGAAGAAAGACAUCUUGGCCAUUCUCAAAGACACAAAGUCAAUGGCUAAGCUGACCCAAGAUGUGGAGGCCAUCGUCAGUAUUGUAAAAGAGAGCAAUGACAACUUCCCGUCGGCGGCGUGGAUCCAGGAGAGACAACACCACUACAUGGGCAUCUUAAGAGUCGUCUUUGAGCAACAGGAGAAAUCCCGAGAGGAGUUUGAGAGACAAGAAGGCCUCGCUCCACACCCCGCGUUAUCGUUCGACGACAAAGGAUGCAUGAGCGAUUUGAAGAUGGACUGUGCCAUCGAGUGCUUCCAAGGCAACUUGUUGAUUUGCCGAGGAGAGUUAAGACAGGGCUGGAUCGGCCGUGUCGACGUCGGGAAAUGUAUCAAGCAAAACUCUGGAGUUAGGCUGGAUAAUAGGAUUGUAUGUGUGACUAUGGCUGGUGUGGACAUGGCUCUACUAGGAACAAUCUCCAACUUCCUCUACGCCUUCAGUGUCGGAACUCUAGAGGAACUUUGGUUUGAGAGACUACGAGACACUCCACUGAGUAUCGUCCAUGACCCACUCACUAGGAACGUCUAUAUUGGGCUAGCCGAUGGCACUUUAGCUGUUAUUGAGGGUGCAUCUCAUGCCAGUCCACGAGACGUGUUCUAUCAGGCCAUUGGAGCCACCGCUGUGCGAAGUGUGCUGUACCUCCCACAAGUUGAGCAGAUAUGGUGUGCCUGCGGAAACUCCAUCAACAUUGUCAACAAUUCGUUGAACAUCGUUGACGGUUUUGAAAUAUCCAAGGAUCCAGAUAUCCAUGUGUCUGGAAUGUACCUGGGCGACCAGGGCGUGUGGAUCACCGUAAGGGGAUCGAGCUUACUAAUGUUGUGGGAUUAUGUCCAGGUACAGUGCGUUAUGGUCCACGAUACAUCGGCUGACCAAACGCCAAUCGUGAAGCAGCCACAAGACAGUCAUAACCAGUCUAAGAUCAUCUCUUUGCUGCCUUAUAAAGACUCGUUGUGGGUCGGCACAGCAUCUGGCUACCUGACAAUCUAUCAAAUUGCCAAGGCACAAACUGUUGCGUCCCAGCAAGGCUGCAAACUGGUGAACGGUGAACAUCACCCGACGGAGGACUCUGAAGUAGAAUCAGAUGAGAAGCAAGUUAUAAAGGAGGAGAGUGGAGGGGAUGUUGAUGUUGCUGAAAUGAACGAUUCAGAAACCAAUGAUCUGGGAGUGAAAGCUGCUGACAUGAACGAUGCAGGUCAAAAUGAUGCUGAAACGCAAGAUGGAAGAACACAGUCAGAAACAAAAGGCACAGAAGCUUUAGACACUGAGACUAAAGAGGAGGAAAUUAAAGAUGCGCAGAGAAAGGAUGAAGACACAACAGAUUUGGAGACAAGAGACGGAGAGAAAAACGCGGAAACAAAGUGUGCUGAAAUUGUAAUCCCGGAAACAGACGCUGGAGAAGCGGAGGAUUCCGACAAGUCGUCGCCGCAUAUCUUGAAGGAGUUUUUUGUCGUGGAGUCUUGCGACGGGUUGCCGGAAUCGCCAGCAGGUAGCGACAGUGAUAUGAGAUAUAAAAGCCAUUUGCCACAUCUUGCCAAGGUGCACAGUGCAUCAGGACUGGUCGUCAGUAGCGACGACGAAAACAAGCCCUCCCCGAUAUCUCGGGCACGGAAAGGCCGGAAAGGAAGUCGCAAAGGGCGCAACAGCCCAAAACAUCUGCGAAAAAUUUGGCAGACACGCCAGAAAUCCCCGGAGAAACAAGAUGAGGAGUUAUCCCCGAGAAGCUCCAAAGCAUUGGAAAAAGUCCAGUCAAUGUUUGGGAAACUUACCCUCGGCAACGGACAGAAAGCCAGGAAGUAUCGCUACAGCCAGGAGAUGAGAGAAGAGACGCGCCGUGGGUCGCGGAUCUUCAUCAACGAUGCCGUUGAAUCGACCAACGUCUCUGCAAUGUCGCUGAUGUCACUUGUGGAUGCGGAAUCUCACAUGUUAAGACCAACGUCGUCAGUAUUAUCGAGAGACUCCAUCGGUGACUUGUACACGUCAAGACCCAGGCCUCCAUUGUUUGAUGCAUCUGAGGUGGAUGUUCAAGCUGGCUAUGAACUUUGCAUCGAAGCGAAACGGAAAAUCUCUGAUCAUCAAGUUCGCUGUCUUGUACUUACAAGCCUGGAAGAAGGUGAACCAGCCAUUGUGAGCUGUGCUGGUUUCUAUGGUGAUGAUGAGUCGAUACUGAGAUGGACUUGCCACACACGUGAGAAUGUGUGGAUGCAGCUUCCCAUAGAGGACACCACCAUAUGAGGAAUGCUUGUGUGUUUUGCAAACAGAGGCUGGAUGGGAAUCAAAAUAGGUUGGUAGUUUGGCAUGUUCAUAGAGAACAAGAGAAUGGGAUUGCCUUUGCCUUUUCAAAACAUAACACACCCCAAAGAUGUAUCAUUAGUCUGGAAAGUAGUGCAUUCUGCAGGCUCAUAUAGUGGACGAUACCCAUGCCUACAUCCUUACAGACUUUGAAGGGGGUAACCCUGUUUCAGCCCCAGGAGUAGGUGGCUCCUA